AUGGCUACUCCUGCUGCCAGUUCUGACGAGGGGGAGAUUGUGGAGAACGGAGUUGGAGACUCGAAGGCAACUCCACUGCCUCAGUUUGAAGGAACCGGUGUUGACCGUAUGGACAGAACUCGAGCUAGAUAUUCAAGAUCAAGAUCACCCGAGUAUGUAAACGGCUCGAGAUAUUCUAACGGCUCCUCCCGACGAAGUCGCUCGCCUCGCGGCCAUAAACGCCCUCGCGAUGAUCGCGAUUCUCAUCGUGGUAGCCGUCUAGACGCAGACCCCCGACGAUUUCGCGUCCACUACGAGGACUCUACCGAUAAUCAUCGCCGCUCGCUCUUAUCCUACGAUGACGAAGAUCGCCCCCGUUCACGCUCAUCAACGGCCGGCCUUUACUACGAUGAUAGGGACCGAGACUACGCUGUCCGCAAUAAACCUAGAGAUAGAAGCCGAGACCGUGACCGUCAUCCUAAGAAGCGACCGCGAAAUCGCACCCGUUCUCCACCUCGACCGCCGCGGGGCGAACGACACCGAGGUGGUCGGCCGCGACGCGACGAUGGCAGACAUCAACGCGUUUCCGAUAGAGACGAUGUAGAAAGCGUUAAGUCCAGCCGACAGGGUACUCCUCGACAUUAUCAAGAUCAUUCAAAGUAUUCUGAGCAAUAUGCACCUAUGGGAACUAGAGAUACUGGCAGAGAUGACACUAAACGUGCGCCAGGUAGUUCAGAAGAAACUACUCCUAGGGAUCCACCAGCUCAAUCCAAUGAGCCGGAGAAAAACUACGAAGAGGAAAAGCCUAUUGAUGAAGAUGCGGAAAUAGAACGCCGACGCCGACGUCGCGAAGAAAUGCUCGCCAAAAGACGCGCUGGUACGCCAAUGCUAGUACAAGCUCUUCAAGCUUCAGGAGGAACGGACGUAUCAUCGCCGAGCCAAACACGAGCAAGCACACCUAUGGUCGCCGAAGGAAACACACCCCAGACAUAUACUUCGUCGCCAAACUCACCAGCCCGUGGGCUUCAGGAAGGAAUGUCACCAGCUGCCAUCGAUAUAUCUAAUGAUCAAGAACUUAUCAACACUCAUGGUAAAUUCAAGGGUACUGAUGACGAUGGGCCUUCCGCAGCAGACUACGAUCCAACAGCCGACAUGAGAGAGGAUGAGUUACGAGACGAGCGCCGACAUGGCCAUAUUGGUCCCCAUGGAGAGGUGCUGCCUACUAACCAAAAAUCUGAAAUUGCACCAGUAGAAGAGCCGCAGCGGCCGGAGAAACCCAAAACAGAUGACGAUGAUGAUUUUGAUAUGUUUGCCGAAGAUUUCGACGAAGAGAAAUUUGCUGCACCUAAACCUUCCCAUCUAGAUGCUGUUGAGGACGACCGCAAGGUUCCCGUUACCCUUGUUCAGGCUAACGCUGGCGGUAUUCUCGAGGGCGACGACAAAGACGGAUAUUACAAAAUCCGUAUCGGCGAAAUCAUGGACGGUCGAUACCAAGUUCAGACUACCCUAGGUAAAGGCAUGUUUUCGGGUGUUGCGCGAGCUGUCGAUAUCACAACGAAGAAACUAGUUGCCAUCAAGAUGAUGAGGAAUAACGACGCUCUCAGGAAAGGAGGUUUUACUGAAAUCGCGAUCUUGCAAAAGUUAAACGAAGCUGAUCCUGAGAACCGUAAGCACAUCGUCAAGUUUGAGCGCUAUUUUGAACAUAAGGGCCACCUUUGUUUAGCGUUUGAGAACCUCAGUUUGAACCUGAGAGAGGUCUUGAGGAAGUUCGGUAAUAAUAUUGGCAUUAAUCUAAGUGCGACACGCGCCUAUGCACAUCAGAUAUUUGUCGCCUUAGCUCAUCUUCGCAAAUGCAGUAUCAUCCAUGCCGAUUUAAAACCGGACAAUAUUUUGGUCAAUGAAAAUCGCAAUGUGCUCAAGAUCUGUGAUUUGGGUACGGCUAUUGAUAGAUCGGAUGCUGCAACUGCGAAUAAUGAAAUCACACCGUACCUGGUCAGUCGAUUUUACCGAGCUCCAGAGAUUAUCCUUGGAAUGCCGUACGACUAUGCCGUCGACAUGUGGUCUAUUGGCUGCACAUUGUACGAACUUUACACCGGAAAGAUUCUAUUUACGGGCGAUAGCAACAACCAGAUGCUAAAGGCGAUCAUGGAAAUCCGCGGCAAGUUUAGCACCAAGUUGUACAAGCGUGGUCAGCUAUCUCACAUGCAUUUUGAUGACUUCGGUAACUUCGUUAGCCUUGAAAGAGAUAAGGCACUUGGUAAGACCACAGUACGGACCUUAGCUAUCGUCAAGCCAACCCGUGACCUUCGCACUCGCCUUAUGGCUGCUUCUGGGGGGAUGAACGAUGUGGAGUCUAGGGAUCUAAACCACUUCGUAGAUCUCCUCGAGCGAUGUCUCACUCUCAAUCCCGACAAGCGCAUCACUCCAUCUGAGGCUCUAAAACACCCUUUCUUUACGACUAAGCAGACUGGUCCCCUACGAUAG